AUGAAAGGUCUCCUUCUGCUCUGCGCACUCCUGUUGUAUCAUCAAAAGCUAAGUCAAGGUAAAUUCGUGUACUACUCCAGUUACAAGAUUACCUGGACCAUUUUCACUGCCUACUUAAACGUUUCCCUCUUUGUGGCCUCUGGAGUCCUCUCUCUCCUACAAUACAAGCAGUCCAUCAAUAGCUUUGCCUGCCUUACCAUCAUCCGUACAUCCGACAGAGAAAUUAAGGACAUACAGGAAUCUAGGAAUUCUAUCAAAGUUACUUCCUCACCAGACCAGCCGGCGAUGCCUCGUAGUAUUGUUCAUACAAAGGAAGAUUUUCCCAACAGACCACAAGUCCAGACACGUCGUGUAACCUGGGCUGUGUGAUUUGACAAUCUAUCUUGCAGUAUAUACUUAUCUUAAUAGAAACAAUGUUGUGUGUAUGUGCUGUAUGUCUCUAGGGCUCUGUUAUCUUUUUGGCAUUAUUUAAAGAAUGUGACUAGGUUAGGGUCUGUAAAAACAUGCAGAAGUAACAAAUAGUUACUUCUAUUUGUUCUCACCGUUUAAUAACAUUCGUCAUUCAUAUAAUAAAUAUUAUCAUAUAACUAA